UAGCGAGACAAGCUGACGCUAUGGCACGUACCAAGCAGACCGCUCGUAAGUCCACCGGAGGCAAGGCGCCCAGGAAGCAGUUGGCCACCAAGGCAGCCCGUAAGAGCGCGCCGGCCACAGGAGGCGUGAAGAAGCCUCACCGUUACAGGCCCGGCACCGUCGCCCUGCGUGAGAUCAGGCGUUACCAGAAGAGCACCGAACUGCUGAUCCGCAAGUUGCCGUUCCAGCGUCUCGUCCGCGAGAUCGCCCAGGACUUUAAGACCGACCUGCGUUUCCAGAGCUCCGCCGUCAUGGCACUGCAGGAGGCCAGCGAGGCUUACCUGGUCGGACUCUUCGAAGACACCAACUUGUGCGCCAUCCACGCCAAGCGAGUCACCAUCAUGCCCAAGGACAUCCAGCUGGCGCGCCGCAUCCGCGGAGAACGAGCCUAAGUGACACACAAGCGUGCGCUGCCUGCCCCGCUGCCGGUGGCUACGACAAACGGCCUUUCUAAAGGCCACCAAUAA